GAGGCUGCUAUUCCGCGCCCACAACGUCAAUCAAUCAGAAUGGCUUCACCGCGCUCGAGCAACCGUCCAGAAUCGCCGACAGGCUCUACCUUGAGCAGCGCCAGCCUUAGUGCGGAACAUACGCCUCUUGGCAGCGAAAGCCCCCUUUCGGCCUCUCUACGUCACCGCCAACCAGUUCCUGUGCGGAUAACAGGAGAGUAUACCACGGAUUCGAUAAUGAAUUCGCCAACUCCGACUUUCCCUGCGUUUACCACGAACUCGACUUUUGGAGAGCGCUUGGUUGGCCGGACCGCUGGCCCAUCACGCUUGUCGGCACCCACUCAUAAACUUACUAUCCGCGCAGACCCCACGAUGGUCACAUGCUUUGACCCUGCAGACAAGGAGCUCUAUAAUUUGUGGGUGCCCCGCUCCUGAAUCGUCUGUACGCAGUACUACGCACGGUAUGG